ACCCUUUUUAACCUUAUCCACUUCAAACUGAGUCGAAUCGCCUCUCUGGGCUGCAGGAGCCCGAAAAACCUCAGCUUAAACCCGCCGGAGCCCGCCAGCUCAAUUCAAAUCGCACCGGAGUUGGCCGCAGCCGGAAUUAUUUGUUCAAUUGUCAACUGUUUGUUUACGCUUUCUUCUGAGUUGGAGAUGGCUUCCUUAUCUACUCCAUGUCUAUAUCCAGAUAGAGGAAGGAAGGGAGUAUUUUAUGCUAAUGGGUGUGUUGGCGGGAAACCUUUGUCCAAUUUCCCAAAGACACCAUUUGUUGGUUCAUUUCCAGUACGAUUAGUUCUGGUGGGAAAUGCUUUGAAAAAAUCACUACAGAAAAAUCAGUUGGUUCCUUGCAUCAGGUGUGAGAAUGGGGAUGAAUCAUAUGAAGAUGUAUCGGUGGAGCGCCCACCAUACCAUGUUUACAUGGACUCAACUUCUGGGCAGCUUGAACCAGCUUCAGGGGCACGUGCAAGUAUUCCAGGAGAAGAAUACUGGCCAGAAGGAACUGCUAGUCGCGUUAGAGCUGCAAGGGCUCCCCCGCCAACCGGUGCAUCAGUGGGCUCUCCUUCCUAUGGCCAAAAGCCGGGAAGUAGGAGAAAGAAGAAUAGAACACAAGCAGCUGUUGGUUCUGAUUCAUCCGAAGUGACUGAAGUAGAUUCAAGCGACUCAGAGAUCCCUGACAUUUCCGAGGACUUAAUAGAGGAGCCUAAAGAUGCUACUUCGCAGUAUGUUGUUUAUAAGACAGAACCUGAUGACGAAGAAACUGGGUUUGAUCUAGACAAAAAGCUUGGAAAUCCUCACCCAUUCAUUGACCCCGAAAAGAAGAAGCCAAUAGAGGAGCCUCGUACAAGUGAAGAACUUUGGUGGAAUUGGAGAAAGCCAGAAAAAGAACAAUGGUCUAGGUGGCAAAGGAGGAAAGCUGAUGUUGAAACGGUUUUUCUCAAAGCAAUGGCAGAGACCGGGCAGAUAAAGCUUUAUGGCGAACAUCCAACAUUAACUGAAACAUCUCUGUACAGGGCUCGGCGACAUCUUUUCAAGGAAGAAAGACUUCAAGCUGAACAGGAGAGAUUGGAAAGAAUAGGUCCCAUAGCAUUCUACUCAGAAUGGGUCAAAGAUUGGAAGAGGGACACCUCAAAGGAUGCCAUAGAAAAACAUUUUGAAGAGACUGGAGAGGAUCAAAAUACCCAAAUGAUCGAAAUGUUCCAAAAUCAAACAGAGAGAGAGUUUCGCAUAAUGAUGGGGACUGAUAUUCGCAUUCGUCGGGAUCCAUUGGCAAUGCGUAUGCGAGAAGAUCAGAUUAAACAAAUAUGGGGUGGCGAUCCUGUGUACCCUACCGUUAACUACAUUCAAGAUCCCAAUGAAAUAAUUGAUUAUAGGGGUCCAGAUUUUACUGAACCAACACCUGACAUGCUAGAUUACCUGAAGGAGCAUGGUAAAAUUAUAUCAAGAACGGAGCUUGAAGAAAUACUGGCUAAAGAAAAGAACGAGGAGCUUGAGGUGACGGAUUUGGAUGAUGCCAUGUCCCAAGCUAUUGAUAUCGGUGAAAAUGACGAUGGAGAGGAUAGUGAGGUUGAGGGCGAUGAAGAGGCAGAGGAAAAAAUCACACGCAACUGGAGUGUCUUGAAAAGCAGUCCUCAUCUCAACAAGUCUAAGGGGAAGCCUAAGAAGGAGGAUCCAGCAUCACUGGAGGGAGCCGUUGACGACUCUGAGAACUUGACUGAUUUUCUUAUGGACUUCGAAGAAGAUGAGUGAUCAUCCUGUCCUUUUUGAACUUCUAAAUAUAAAGUUUCUGCUUCUUAAUUGGUAGAUAAUCCACUAGAGAGAGCUAUUGAAGCUGAGUUUCUUGAUCUGUCUUAGCCAAAUUCUUAAUCUUCUGAAUGAACUCUUAAUCAAAUUUGGACGAUAAAACGAAGAAACACAU